GCUUUCUAUCAAGAGACUUCCUUUUUUCCUUCUACUUCUUCAUUUUCUUUUUUUUUUCUCAAUUUUUUUUUCUCGAAAACCAAAAAAAAACACUUUCGAGCCCUAAAAUACAGAGCACCGGUCUCAAUUUCAUUUCCUGGGAGACAAAAAAGUAAAUCAAAGACAAUAAUUUUUUCCCGAGAAAAUGCAGAGGUUGAAGCAGCAGCAGCAGCAGCAACAACAAGUGAUGAUUCAUCAAGCUCUUAUGCAGCAACAGUCUCUCUACCAUCCGGGACUCCUCGCCGCACCUCAGAUAGAACCAAUCCCAAGUGGAAAUCUUCCCCCUGGUUUUGAUCCGAGUACUUGCCGCAGUGUGAAGGAAAAGUCUUCUUAUGGUUUUGUCCACUACUUUGAUCGACGAUCGGCUGGUCUUGCAAUCCUUUCUCUCAAUGGGAGGCACUUGUUUGGGCAACCUAUCAAGGUUAACUGGGCUUAUGCUAGUGGCCAGAGGGAGGACACAUCAGGUCACUUCAAUAUAUUUGUGGGGGAUUUGAGCCCGGAGGUUACCGAUGCAAUGCUGUUUAGUUGCUUUUCUGCCUACCCAAGUUGCUCGGAUGCAAGGGUGAUGUGGGAUCAGAAAACUGGGCGUUCAAGAGGAUUUGGAUUUGUUUCGUUCCGUAACCAGCAGGAUGCCCAGACUGCAAUAGAUGAGAUAGGCGGGAAAUGGCUUGGUUCCAGGCAGAUUCGCUGCAACUGGGCAACAAAGGGAGCCACUUCUGGUGAGGAGAAGCAGAGCUCUGAUUCCAAAAGUGUUGUGGAACUAACCAGUGGCGUCUCGGAGGAUGUUAAAGAUACGAGUAGCGGCGAUGCUCCCGAGAGCAAUGCUCAGUACACAACUGUUUACGUUGGGAAUCUUGGUCCAGAGGUUUCGCAGGUUGAUCUUCACCGCCAUUUCCAUUCCCUUGGUGCUGGAGUUAUCGAGGAGGUCCGCGUUCAAAGAGACAAAGGUUUUGGAUUUGUGAGAUACUCCACUCACGUAGAGGCCGCCCUCGCUAUCCAGAUGGGGAAUACGCACUCCUACCUCGGUGGCAGGCAAAUGAAGUGUUCUUGGGGAAGCAAGCCAACUCCAGCAGGAACAGCAUCGAACCCGCUUCCUCCACCAGGUCCGGCACCAAUCCCGGGAUUCUCAGCGAGCGAUCUGUUGGCUUACGAGAGGCAACUAGCGAUGAGCAAGAUGGCCGGAAUGAAUCCGAUGAUGCAUCACCCGCAGGGACAACACGCUCUCAAGCAAGCUGCUAUGGGAGCCACUGGUUCAAGCCAGGCUAUCUAUGACGGUGGUUUCCAGAACGCCCAGCAGCUCAUGUAUUACCAGUGAGUUCUUCCUCGAAGCCGCCAUUUCAGUCCAGAGCCUUUUUUUUUUCUUUGCUUUCUUUUGCUAUCUUUAUGUAAUGUAGUUAUCAUCUUAUCGUCUUUUUUUUUCCCUUUCUUUUUCUUCUAACUUAUUUUCUUGUUAUAAUGUUAUCAUGUAGCUGUGGGUUUGUGAUUUGUUACAUGCUUUUCUUUUUUUUUCUGUUGUUUUUAAAACUCCCAUUUACCUUUUUGCACCUCUUUAAACUUGUUUUUCAGUACAUGAGUGAUCUGCUUCCUAUUCUUUUAGCCGGCUACUUUCCGUCUCUAUACCCAAAAUCGACAUGCUUGAAACGAAAUACAUGAUGCGAAUUUUUUAUUCAAACGGAGGUGUUGACGUGUCUGUUAACG